UUCAACAAGAAACUCAGAAAAUCCUCUCCGUGAGUUCUUAUUGGUUGACUAGGAUCUAGUUUAUCGCUUUGAUUAACUGAUUCAUGUACUGGUUCGUAUGUGAGAGAGAUCUGGUUAAUUCUUGAAUGUUACAUUUUUUUCUGUCUAAAUCAUCCGUAUCAAUCGUUGACUUGUACUUCGUUUUUGAUGCUCUGAGCAUUUUCCUGGCAUAUGUAAUUCAGAGUUUGGGUUUUUUGGUUUGGUCUUUCUUGCUUUGUACUUUGCUUUGAUGCCUUUUUUCAUUCAUAUAUAACAUUUCCUAUUUACAUCACGCUAGAAUCCUUUGAAGCUCCUUUCUUUGUUUCCUAUUUUAGAUCAACCAUCAAAAUGAUGCAUCUUUCAAAACAGUUUGAACACCUCAAGAUAAAGUUGGAAAUGAUAACAUCUGUAACCAAUAACUUCGCUGAUGACAACUGCAUCGGGAGAGGUGGAUUCGGGAAAGUAUACAAGGGAAAGCUUCUCCAUUCCAAAGGGGAAUCCAUUGUUGCCCUAAAACGAUUAGAUCCUACAUUUGGACAAGGAAACCCAGAGUUUUGGAAGGAAAUCAUUAUGCUUUCUCUUUAUAAACAUGAAAACAUUGUUUCCUUAUUAGGAUUUUGCGACGAAGAUAAUGAGAAAAUUCUGGUGUAUGAGUACGCAUCGAAGAGAAGUCUCGACUUGUAUAUCAAUGAUGAUGAUCUAACUUGGAUCGACAGGCUUAAGAUCUGCAUCGGGGCAGCUCGUGGACUAGCAUAUCUUCAUAAUCCUGGUGGGACUCAACAACGAGCAUUGCAUCGUGAUAUCAAGAGUUCAAACAUCCUAUUAGAUGAUAAUUGGAAUGCCAAGAUCUCUGAUCUUGGUCUAUCCAAACUUGGUCCUGCCAACCAGCAGUACACUUUUCUUGUCUCCAACACUGUAGGCACGAUUGGGUAUUGUGAUCCAGUAUAUGUAGAGACAGGAUUAUUAACCAAAGAGUCAGACGUUUAUUCCUUUGGUGUAGUGUUGUUUGAGGUGUUAUGUGGGAGGUUGUGUACUAUCAACAAGAAGGACAUACAUCAACCACUAACAGGAUUGGUGCGACGAUGCUACAAAGAAAAGAAAAUAAACGAAAUUGUUUUUCAUAGUAUAAGGGAUGGGAUAAAACCUAAAUCUUUAGAGGCCUUUAUAACAAUAGCUUAUCGGUGUUUGAAGAGAAACUUGGAAGAUCGUCCAUUAAUGACUGAUGUUGUGAGAACACUCGAAAGUGCGCUUGAUUAUCAAGUCGACCAGUUAAAUACAUUAAGUUUAAAGAAUGAUGGUGAUCCUGGUUUGUCAACAUCAAAACCAUUUGAAGAUGAUAUAGAGGCAGAGGUCAAUUCUUAUUUCCAUCAAAUGUUCUCUGGUCAGUUAACUGUUGAUGCAAUGAUUCAGAUGCUAGCCCGAUACAAGGAAUCUUCUGAAAAAAGGGAACAAUCAAUAUUUGAGUGUGUGAUUGCAAACUUAUUUGAAGAGUACAAGUUUUUCAACAAAUACCCCGAGAGUCAACUGAAACCCGUUGCUGAUCUCUUUGGAUUGCUUAUCAAAAAUAAACUUUUGACCCAUCUUACACUUGGUAUUGCCUUACGUGCUGUUUUGGAUGCAUUGCGCAAACCAGCUGAUUCUAAAAUGUUUAGUUUUGGUACAAUUGCUCUGGAGAAGUUUUUGGAACUUUUGGUUGAAUGGCCUCAAUAUUGCCAACACAUUUUAAAAAUAUCACAUCUACGUGAUACUCGUUUGGAGCUAGUUACUUUCAUUGAAAAGGAGCUUGACAAAAUUUCAUAAGGACAGUUGGAAAUUGGCGAGAUAACAGUGUCAUCUAGGGGAAAACAGGGAUUUUAUCUGUUUCAAAGUUACAAUUGUUAUGUUGAUAGAAACUUAAACUAUUAUUUUAAUUUUACAAUCCAUCAUUUAAAAAUAAAUAGAUAUAUCCUAACGCAA